UAUGUGUUGUGUUUACUUUUACUUUUGAUAAAGUAGUCUAAAUUAUUAUGAGUUAAUGUUUGUAGGUUCUACCACUUUCCAACAUUUCUCUUGCUCAUGUACCAAGUAUUGAGCUUUCUGUCUUCUCAAACCAACUAAAAUAAGUGAUUUUAGAUCAAACUAUAAUUGCUCAGCCAAUGCUUCCUUUUUGUCAAAUGGAUAACUCUAACAGAAGGAGAGUAAAGAAGAUUAAUACCAGAAAACUACAAGAGAUGAAUGGUAACAGUAAAAGCAAUUCUAGUUAUAAAGUAGACAAUACCCGUCGCCAAAAACACACAAGGGAUUGUUGCAAUAAAGAAGAACAUGACCGAGAAAGAAUGAAUGAGGUUUUUUCAAGCUAUCUUCAAGGUCAACGUUUGUUUACUGCAGUAUCUGACCCAGCUGUAUGUGCAUAUCCUAUGUCACUAGGUUAUACAUAUCCAGACUCCAUUCCUGUACCUCUUGGAUAUCCGGUAUUCCAUCCUCAUCAAUUUCCUCAUAAAGUCCCGUACAAUGAUCAAAAACAUUCUCCGAGAAAUAAUUUUGUAAGAAAACCUCAUGGUAAACAAGACCAAAGUAAAGACACUUUUCAGACGGUAGAUGAGUAUACAAGUCUACCUCCUGGAAAUCUGCAAGAUGUAGAGUCUGAUCAGCAGCGCAGGUUUAGUGAUCCUGGUUUGGCAAAUAAUAGUGAAUCAGAGGUAGAUUCUCUUUCAGAACAAGAAUCAUCAGCAUCAGGUUAUGGAGAUAGUGAACUGACAGCUCAGAUAGAAACAUUAGUUCUAGAAAAUAAAAGGCUCUCUAAAGAACUCAAAGAGACACAAUCAGAACUUCAAGAUUUGAAAAUCGAAAUUGCUUCUCUUGCCACAGUGCAAUCGUCUUGUGAACCUGGCUUCAUAUCAGAGCUUGUACGAGAAGUUCAUGAGGCGACUAAGCUGAAAGAAGACACUUUAUUGACCAAAGUUAAAUUGUUUGCGGAGAAUCUACUAAGUACCAGGACACAGUAUCCAUUACCAAAUGUGACACAAUCAGAAGAUGAUGCUGUUACUCAGAGGCUAACCAGGUUAGAAGAACAAAUGAAGACGAUUCUCGCACACAACAGCAUGCAGGAGAAUGUAAAAAAAGAACUGUCAGCUUGUCAACAAAACAACUUGCAACUAAAGGAGGAGCUCAAAAGUGCAGUAAAAGCUAAGGAUCUUGCCGAAGCAACUGCAACUAAAUAUGAACGUUUGUUUAACAUGGUGAAGAAGAAUGUUCCCAAUGGUGUUGUGUUAGAUGACAAGGAGAAGGCUCAACACUCGCUGGACACUUCAGAGUCUCUCACCAGCAGUCUAGGCUCAUCUCUACCUCCCUCCUCCCCCUCCCCCUCUCCAUCACACCAGGUCACCAUGUCAGGACCAGUCACUGACCUCUGACCUCUUGCUUGUGUCAUCUGGUAGUGCAUGUCACACUUAACAACAACAACAAAUUAAUAUUAUUUAACUUGUAAAUCCCAAAGUUGAAACUAUAAUUAAUUUAUACCACACUGAUUCUUGGAAAGAUCUGAGGAAUUUGAAACUACAAUAUCUAAUCCUUUUGCCAUUAAUAGGCUAUAAAGAAACAUAAUGAAAUAAAUGUAUGAAAUAAAUGUUAGGGAGUAAUAGAGCCAAGAAGAAAUUAUUUGUGUAAUUGAUCAAACCAACUAUUACCUCUUGCCGAUUAAAAAUGGUUAAAAUAUU